CAGCCCGGCCCCGCGGCGCCGCUUCCGGUGCGGGCCCCGCCCCGGCUGUGGCCCCCGGCUGCGGAGGAGUCUGAGACGCUGCAACCGCGCCGGGGCCCGAGCGGCCGCCGCCUCCACUGUUCGCAGACCCGGAGCGCCCCGCACAGAUUUAGACCCAGUGUGCCUGCUGGGCUGUGCCCAAGUUCAGAGCCAUGUCAAUUGGUGGAUGAAGCUUGAGGCAGUAAUGGAGCCACUGCAGCAGCAGCAGCAGCAGCAGCAGCAACAACAGCAACAGAAGCAGCCACACCUGGCUCCCCUGCAGAUGGAUGCCAGAGAGAAGCAGGGACAGCAGAUGAGAGAAGCCCAGUUCUUGUAUGCCCAGAAGCUGGUCACACAGCCAACUCUCCUUCCUGCCACACCUGGGAGGCCUUCUGGCAGCCCUGCCCUGGGUCCUUUAGCCAGAGUUCCACCAGCCACAGCCGCAGCCCGAGGUUUUGAACGGAGCAAUGUGAACUCAGAGCCUGAGAAAGAGGAAGGCAGUUUGGAAGAUGAGGAUGGGGAUGAUGAAGUUGCAGAGGUAGCUGAGAAAGAGGCCCAAGCUGCUUCAAAAUAUUUCCAUGUGCAGAAAGUGGCUCGCCAAGACCCCAGAGCAACACCCAUGUCAAGUCUACCUCCGACACCAGGGCUCCCACCACACGGACCACAGGCUAAAGAAGACCAUACCAAAGAUGCUUCCAAGGCCCCACCUUCCAUCUCCACGGCAGGGCAGCCGAGCUGGAAUCUGGAUGAGCAGCUUAAGCAGAAUGGUGGUUUGGCCUGGAGUGAUGAUCCAGAUGGAGGCCGGGGAAGAGAGAUCUCUCGAGAUUUUGCCAAGCUGUAUGAGCUGGACGGUGAUCCUGAAAGGAAAGAGUUCCUGGAUGACCUCUUCAUCUUUAUGCAGAAGAGGGGGACCCCCAUCAACCGAAUUCCUAUCAUGGCCAAGCAGAUCCUGGACCUGUACAUGCUGUAUAAGCUGGUGACGGAGAAGGGGGGCCUGGUGGAGAUCAUCAACAAGAAGAUCUGGAGGGAGAUCACCAAAGGCCUGAACCUACCCACGUCCAUCACCAGCGCCGCCUUCACCCUCAGGACCCAGUACAUGAAGUAUCUGUAUGCCUAUGAGUGUGAGAAGAAAGCCUUAAGCUCCCCAGCCGAGCUCCAGGCAGCCAUUGAUGGCAACCGGAGGGAGGGCCGGCGGCCCAGCUACAGCUCUUCCCUCUUUGGCUACUCACCCGCUGCUGCUACUGCUGCUGCCGCUGGGGCCCCUGCCCUUCUCUCCCCGCCCAAGAUCCGCUUCCCCAUCCUCGGGCUUGGCUCCAGCAGUGGCACCAAUACCAGUAGCCCUCGGAUAUCCCCAGCAACCACUCUCAGGAAAGGUGAUGGAGUCCCAGUGACAACAGUGCCUGUGCCAAAUCGCCUGGCUGUGCCCAUGCCCUUGGCAGGCCAGCAGGUCAGUACCCGGACUGCCACGCUGGAGCAGCUGCGGGAGCGGCUGGAGUCAGGGGAGCCUCCUGAGAAGAAGGUGUCCAGGCUGUCCGAGGAGGAGCAGCGCCUGGUGCAGCAGGCCUUCCAGCGCAACUUGUUCAGCAUGGCGCGGCAGCUGCCCAUGAAGAUCAGGAUCAACGGCAGGGAAGACAGAGCAGAGGCCUCGGCUGCAGCACUGAACCUGACUACAAGCAGCAUCGGGAGCAUUAACAUGUCUGUGGACAUCGACGGCACCACCUACGCAGGUGUGCUGUUUGCCCAGAAGCCUGUGGUCCACCUCCUGGCAGGGUCAGCUCCACAGAGCGCCGGCAGCAGCAGCAGCAGCAGCUCUCACUGCUCCCCAAGUCCUACCUCAUCCCGGGGCACCCCCAGCGCAGAGCCCUCCACCAGCUGGUCCCUCUGAUGGGCAGGAUCCAGCUUCUCACUCCCCACUCUCCUGCCGAGAGCGAAGGAAGUUGAUGCACAGAAUUUACCUCAUCUCACGGAGCCCACGUCAAUCAUCAUUUGGCCAGACGUUGAGAGUUGGCCAUAUCCGUCUGUCCAGGCUCCAUUCAGGUCCUGCUGUACUCUGGGGGCAGGGAGAGGCUGGAGGGACAGGACAGGGCAGCGUUGUCCAAUCAGGGAGUGUCCUGGAGAACUGGGUGGGGUGUGCGGGCAUCCAGCUUCCUCCAGGGUUCUCUGGCCACCUCCCAUCCUGGGGCACAGUGUAUCGACAAUCUGUAAGCUGACACGGGGCUGGAGGCCCUCCAUUUCCCUUCUCCUUUAAUUUAUUUCCCUUCUCCUGCUUUCUGCCACGACCCCAGGGUCACGGGUCUCUUCCCCUGCUCAGUCCCUCAACUUGUACUCCCAUGUGGGGCUACUCGGAGCCAAGAGCAUGCCUUCAUGGCCCUUCUCUGCUGAGCGUGGGAUGGGGCCCUCCUAGCCCAUCUUGCCUACUGUUUGGUUCCAAGGAUGUGGGUCCCUCAAAUUCAAGUCUGGGAUCAAUUCUCAGGGCCCCAUAUCCCGUUUUAAUGAUCCCAAGAAAGAGCAUUGAGGGCAGUCUUUAGGUCCUGGGGCCCACUGGGCAUUUGCUAGGGGAAGGCAGAACCUUGGGGCUGCCCAGGCCCUGGCACCCACUUCACCCUGACCCUUUCCUGACCCUCCAAGACCUCAUGCUCCCCACUCGCCCUUGUUGGCCAGCUCUCCCAAGAACAGCCCACUUGUCCCUUGCCCCCCCUUCUUCUCAUGGGGCCAUCUCAGUCCCACCAUUCCUAAAUGUGCCCAUGUCAGGUUCAUUGAAAUACCUCAGAUUUGUAAUUGUCAAUGUUUGAUUCUUCAGGAAGUAUUUGCAUCUCUGAAAUCUUUUUUAUAUGUGUUUUGCUGACUUUUGUUUUUUUAUUUUAAAAUUUUUAUUGUUGUUGUUGUUGUAGCACCAAAGAUAUGAAAACAGAUCACACCCUAAGCCAAGCAAGUGAUUUGGUACCCCAGCCCCUCCCGCCUUCCCUACGGCCCCAGCGAGGAGGCUGGGGAGGCAGGCAGGAGAGAUGACUCAGGGAUCACUGUGGCAGGAGGAGAUGGGUUGGAGAGACCCACUGUCGCCGGUCGGGUCCUGAAGCCGUACCAGUUCUGAAGACGGUCCUUGACCCAUUUCCUGCGACACCCCUAACCCCAACUGACCAGGGUGGGGGCAGGACAUGCAUCUCCUCUUCACUCAACAUUUCCAGCUCAGGACAUGGGCAGGCCAUGGAGGCCUGUUCCUUGCUGGAGGUGGAGCUGCCCCAGGGAAUGAGGAGAUGCUGAGAGAGCUCUGUCUCUCCCCUUGGACCUUGGGGUAGAGCAGGUUGCUCCUGCAUUAUAAAGCAAAGGUGAUUCUUGCACAAGGCUCACCUCUCAAUCACGUAAGCCCCAAAGUGUUAAUAGAUGCCACCCACUGUGACAUCAUUGGGCUGUGGCAGUGGGAGACCACGGCACGGCUAACAUUCAGUCCUGUCUCGGAAAGGAAAGGGAAAUCAGAAGCUUGAGCACAAAACAGAUACCUCAGCCUGGUAAGCUGCAGCUCUCCUGGACUGCAUCUUCUCCCUCACUCCCCCAGCCCUCCACACACUCACACAUGCUCACACUCACGUGCACAUGCUCAGGCAUGUGCACACAGCCGCACCCACCCUCUUCUGGCUUCAGACACCGUCCCCACCAGGUGAAUGCAGGGUGUGGACAGAGAUCUGGGAUUUCGUGCCAGUGAGGAGCCCAGUUGGCUGGCGCUGGGCCCACUUGAAGGUGUCUCAGACAUCUGGCCAGUGUGUCUUUCUCAGGGGUUUGGUCACGAAGGAUGGACUCUUCCCACCCAGGGGACACAGGUACUGUGUCUUUCUGGUCACUGGAUCCUUUCCCUUUUCCCAGGUAGCUUGCCAGACCUCAACUGCUAAGUGAACCCUCACUGCCCACAAAGAAAACAGCAGGGUCUCAGCCAGAAAGCCUGAGAGUGGGGGUGCCAGCAGAUGCCCCCAAGCAGAGCUUUCCCUGAAGGUGCAGUUCUGAAGGCCAUGUGGUCAGCAGUUGGCCAGGGCAUCUCUGUCCCCUCUCCUCUUUCCAUCUUAUAUGUAUUCUAACCAGGAGAAACGUGAUAUGAUAGCACAUGGGUAGCCUAGGCAGUGAAUAAAUACCUCAGACAUCCUCUUGCAGCAAGUGUCUGUAUAUGUUGUGGUUAUUUUCUAUCUUACAUGUUCUCGAAUGUUUCUAUUUGAAUAAACCUCUACCUCUUCACACAA